GUAGAGGGUGCUGAAAAGGCCAAUGACACAAAUGUGCUAAAGGAUGUGCAUGCUUGUAUGCACGUUUAUUUCAUAUAGUAUAAGCAAUGCAAUUCAUUUAAUGUAACAAAGACUACAAAGUUCUAAUAAAAAAAAGGAUGAAAGCGGAUUUGCAUUAGGAGACUGAUAUUAACCCGAGUGUGUGUGAGUACUGAGAGCGUCCUUUACUCUUUUGAGGGUUCGUAAGGUGUUUCUCUGACUGAGAUUCUGUUGAAUCAGCAGUAGGGAACCUGAGCCUUUAGCCUACAGCCGCUUUAGAGUUAGCACCACUCAGAGAAGCACCUCCCUCACCUCACACCCAAAGAGAAGAGACAAAUUGACAGGCAGACAGACAGACAGACAGACAGACAGAGUAUGAAAGAGAAGCUCUCCAGCACUUGUAACGAUCAGACACAUAAAACUGUCCAAGGCAGAGCAAUGAUUGAGCUGGGCCCUGUGGAGGACGGCAGCAGCCACAUAGAGGAGCUGAUGGAGCUCACGGCACAGUGUCUGAGUCGCCUUGAGAUUAAAGAACACUUCAAUGUCAUCAAGGAGAUCGGCCGCGGCAAAUAUGGGCGCGUGCUGCUGGUUACUCACCGCUGCAGGGGGACACCCAUGGCCCUGAAGGUCCUGCCCAAAGCGUCGACCCAGCUGAAGGGAUUUCUGCGUGAGUACUGUAUCUCGCUCCGCCUGUCCUCCCACCCGUGCAUUGUGGGUCUGUUCGGAAUCGCCUUCCAGUCUAAUGAACACUAUGGAUUUGCUCAGGAGCUGGUGGUCGGCCGCGACCUGUUUGCUAUCAUCAAACCACGGGUUGGCAUCUCAGAGAGUGUAGUAAAGCGCUGUGCUGUGCAGAUCGCCAGUGCCUUGGAGUUCAUCCACCGCUUGGGCCUGGUGCACCGUGAUAUCAAGCCAGAGAACAUACUGUUGCUGGACACCCAGUGCCGCCAUGUGAAGCUGGCUGACUUCGGCUUGACACAGAAGCGUGGCACUCUAAUCUGCUACAUCUCAAGCACGCUGCCCUACAUGGCCCCGGAGCUGUGUGCCAUGGUGGCGGAGGACGGCCAGGAAAAGCCUCAAGCUCCACCGCUCAGCAUACAGCCCAGCCUAGACACCUGGGCUUUUGGCGUGCUGCUUUUCUGCAUCCUUACAGGUUUCUUUCCCUGGGAACACUGCACAAGCACUGACAGCUUCUAUGAGGAGUUUGCUGAGUGGCGGCAGGACACAGAGACAACAGAAAUCCCGACACAGUGGAAAAGAUUCACACCAGCCUGUUUGGAGAUGUUCGGGAAGCUGCUGGCGCUGGAGCCUAACGACCGAUCCACAGCCGAUGUGGUGAAAGGGUAUGUUGGGAAGGAAUGGGUGAAGCCAAAGUGCCCAAAUGAAGGUGAUGGAGUAAGCGCCAUGGCAACACUGAGCAGCCCUUGCCGUAGUAGCCCAGUGCUUCAGUAAUGCCAUCAUGUGACAUUCCAUCACAGUGUCAUUAUUGCCAGUUUUU